AUGGAUUCAGGGAGACCUUUGACCGAUAUGAUUAUAGAAGGUUUCCCUCCAGGUGGAGUGUCUGACAAUAUCUCACCUCAUAAUGAAAUACAAGCACGCGAUGAGGUCCCUGCUGCCGUCAAAGGAAAUAAAAGAAGGUCCAAAAAUUUCACUAUUAAAGAGGACGAGAUGUUGGUGUCAGCGUGGCUAAAUGUAGAGGGCCGAAAUCAGAGUGGUGCAUCUGUUGAUGACAAGCAAGCAAACACAUUAACUAUGUAUAAGAAUGAAGACCCAUUCAACAGAACUUUUCAAUACAUACAUUGCUGGAAAAUACUCAAAGACCAAUCUAAGUGGACGAAUAGGCGCCAGCCAACUGGACCUCAAAAACCUUUCAGCAAAAAGCAAAAGACCACUGCUGAUUCAACUCCUGCUGCUGAUGUAGCAGACUAUGUUGCUGAGACUGAAAACACAAUAACCACAGUGGAGAGGCCUAUAGGGACUAAGAAGAAAAAGCUAAAACUAAAGCAGCGUUCGAGCAUUGAAGCUUUAGAUUAUUUAUUGGCAAAGAAGAAAGAGGUGGAUGCUGAGAAGGAGCUGAAGAAAAAAGAGAGGGAGUUGAAGAAAGAGGAGAGGGAGUUGAAGAAACAAGAGAUGUGCCAAAAAGCCCUUACCUUGCAGGAAGAAAGGAUAAAACUAGACAAAGAAAAAUUUGAUUUUGAGCGGGAUCGAGAAGAAGAAAGAAUUAUAAAUAUUGAUAUGAAAGGAAAAACAUUCAGGUUUUCAAUAUAA